CCGUAGCUAAGUCCGUACGCCUGAUAGUUGAAAUGGCGGACGUGUCUGAGAGGACUUUGCAGGUGUCCAUUCUAGUGGCUUUCGCCUCUGGAGUGGUCCUGGGCUGGCAGGCGAAUCGGCUGCGGAGGCGCUACCUGGACUGGAGGAAGCGGAGGCUGCAGGACAAGCUGGCGACGACUCAGAAGAAGUUGGACCUGGCCUGAGCGCGCGCCGCGGCCGGAGCCCGCAGGGUUCUCACUCUUCAAGCCCGGAUCGCGGUGAGCCCGGCGACCACCAGCCGGUAAGUCCCGGCUCGCCCU